GCACCUCAUUUAUGUAUCCCACCAAAGUACGAGUGUUAUCCUCUUGUCUCGAGAAUUCGCUUGAAAGUGAUUUCGAUGAUUUCAAUGUCAACGUGAGAACAUCAUAGACUAUCCAUAUAGUCUCCGGAUAUAUUUCGAUAUCAACCAAUACGGAUUAUCCCCUAAAAUCGGUGAACCGAUUUAUUUAUUACGAUAUACCCGUUGACAACUGUCUCUCCAGUUUGUUGAAUAAUGUGUUCAACUUUCUAGUACGAAAAAUAUUCUCUUUAUUGCCGAAUCUCGUGGGAUUUUGAAAACCCGUGAAACCGGUACUAUUUAUGAAAAACGUGAAAGUGAACUUGCCGAUUUUUUUUUAUUGUGAGCUUUCAUUGUGUCGAGAUUCGCUGGUUGAGAAACGUGUGAUGAAAUCAUUUGGGGCUUUUUGAGGAAUUGAGGAUUUGAGGACUUGAGGACUUCAGGACUUGAGGGUUUGAGGGCUUGAGGACUUGAGGACUUGAGGACUUGAGGACUUGAAGAUUUGAAGAAUUCAGGACUUGAGGACUUGAGGACUUGAAGAUUUGAGGAAUUCAGGACUUGAGGACUUGAAGACUAGUGCUGGUUGCAGUCAGAGGAGUUUUGCUAAUCGAUACAAAACGCACGUCCACAUCGCAAUUAUCGAUUCUCACCGAAAUACGAUCGGUUACGAUCGUGAUAGGCAGAACUUCAAGAGAACAGGAGGAGGAAUGAGUGAUCGGAACCUCUGAUUUUUCAGUUGGUGACUGUUCCAUGAGCAUCACUAGUAUUGUUAUCAUACAAUGUUGGGUGAAGUGACAUAAACGAUAAAAUUAGAUAGUGAGCAAUUGCGAUUAUCACUGGAUGAAAAAUAGUUUCAAUGAACUCUUGUGAUUCUUUUUGAACGAAUAGAAAAAGACUAGAGCAAUACAAAACGAAACUUUGGUAUUGUGGAGGAAGGAAUAGUUUAGUGAUUUCGAAGUCGGUCGGUGAUUUUUAUUGAGACAAUUGAGGAGUAAAGCAAUAAGUAUCAUGAAGUUCAUGAGUCAGUUGUUUGGGGGGGGAUCCCCCAAGAAGAUGGGACGGCAGUACAUGAAAGUUGGGAGAAAUGCCCUCUUCGGGAUUAGGAGCAAGGAUGACGGCGAAAUGUGCCCGGAUCGAGUGCCAAGACCCAUCAACGUCAUCAUCUCGAAGAAAGGGAAAUUCAGACACAGCAGAAUAGCAGCCAUUUUGUUUGGCAUACUGGCACUUGCAAUUGGUAUUAUUCUCAGUAGUAUUCCCUGGGUCGACUACGUUAUUUUAAGACAAUUAAGAUUAUGGAAUGGUUCGCUCUCGUUCCAGUACUGGCAGAAGCCAGGAGUAGUCAGACUCACCAAAGUUUACAUAUUCAAUGUGACGAAUGUUGAUAAUUUCUUGAACCUCCAAGAGAAGCCUAAGCUGCAGGAAGUCGGACCAUUCGUCUACAAGGAAGACAUGGAGAAGGUGAACAUCGUAUUCCAUAAUAAUGGAACAGUUUCAUAUCAGCAUAAAAAAAUAUUAAAUUUCGUCCCGGAACUGUCCAAGGAUGGAGAUCUACGGGUCAUAGUGCCGAACAUACCACUUUUGACACUGACAACGCAGAGCAGAAGUUUACAUUCUGUCAUCAAUAUGGGACUGUCCAUGUUCAUAAGUGGAAUGAAUCAGAAGCCUUUUGUCCCGGUGACUGCCCAGGAGUUGGUGUUCGGUUAUGACGAUCCUUUAGUGACUUUAGCACACCGAUUUUUUCCGAAAGCACGGAGACCGAUGAGUCAAAUGGGCCUCUUACUCGGGAGAAAUGGAACUCUUAACGAAGUGUCAACAAUCUUCACUGGACACACUGACAUGAAGGAGUUUGGCUUGAUAAAUCGGUUGAAUGGUCUCGAUCGACUUCCCUUCUGGUCUGAGGAACCGUGCAAUUCCAUCAGUGCAUCAGAAGGAUCAUUCUUCCCCCCUCGAGACAGCACCGGAGAGGACGUAGUUCAUGUCUACGACAAAGAUCUCUGUCGGAUCCUUCCGCUGCAGUACAGAGGACCAGUGGAAAAGGCAGGAAUAAGUGCCGAUCUCUACACACCCACCGAUGAUGUAUUCGACCCACCAAGUGCUAAAACACCGGACAAUGAAUGUUUUUGUCCUGAUGACCCCAAGAGCUGCCCGCCGAAGGGCCUCCAAGACAUCAGCCCGUGUCAAUACAGUGCACCUGUGUAUUUAUCAUUCCCACAUUUUUACAAAGCAGAUCCUCAACUUCUCGACGCAGUCGAGGGCCUCAAGCCACUGCCAGAGUUGCAUGAAACGUUCUUCAAAAUUCAACCGAAACUUGGUGUACCCGUAGAAGGCAAGGUGCGUGUUCAAUUGAAUUUAAAAGUUGAGAAUCAACCAGCCAUCAAGGCAGUUGCCAAUUUUCCGGAUAUAGUAUUUCCAAUAAUGUGGCUCGAAGAGGGAAUUGACGAAUUGACACCCUCAAUAAGAAGAUGGGUUUAUCUGUCAACGACAUUUGCUGAUACCGCUGUGCCCUGCAUAACUUACGGCCUCAUUCUAGUCGGCAUCGUGGUUAUAACAACGGUGCUUGUUAAAUCUUAUAACAAUGUUAUACCAACCCACGAAGCAAUCGAGCUCGGAAAGAGAACCAUCAGACGAGGCUCCACAUUCAUCGUCAACGGUCAAAAUCGUGUGAUGGUGGUAAAGGAAUCUUAUAUUCUUCUCAAUCACAACGCUGAAGAUGCCCUACCGAUGAUUGACGUGUGAUUAAAAAUCAAAUCACUCCCCUAUACCGAAUAAUUUCAUUGGAAAUGAAAAUAAAGUUCGAUGAUGUCGAACGAUUGAACCAUGAAGUUCAUGCUCAACUUUCUUAAUUAGAUGAAUAAACAAAUCUAUUGAUAAUCUCACGUACUCGUUGAAUUAAUGGAUAAUUAUAGGAUAGCGCUGGAGAAUUGAAUUUUGAGAAAAUUCCGAGUGUGAUGUGUGCAAUAGCUUCAUUGACAAAAGCUCUCUUGGCCGGCCUUUCAUGUUCUACCUCUGCAAUUCCACGAACUCCAAGUUCACGAGAAUUGCGUAAUGCAAAAGUGCAAGGAAAGCAGAAUUAUUAAAGCAGAUAAUUGCAUGAUUGCGUGCUGAUGAAUAACAUCGGCGUUUCUCUGAAAAUGUUAAUUUAGGAAUAAACAUUCCAUUACGGUGAUAUGAGAAAGAUCUGAUAGGAUCAGCGAGGCAGUUGGUUAGAGUUAACAAACGUAUCAUAAUUUAUUUGAAUAAAAGAAUGUGGUAUUAGAUCGAAUGCAAGACAAUUAUUUGGAAAUGAAAAAAUUUUGGGUAAAGACGAUCCUGCGAUUUUCUCCACUGCCAUCACUCACUGUGUGAUCGCAAGCAGUAAAUAAACAUAAUUUAUGUAUAUAUAAUUCAUCUUAACUAUCAUCAGUGAAUUACUGAGUUAUUGAUGGAGUUGUGAAUCAAGUCAGUACCUUCAUCUUGGAAUGAGAUGAAGCGCAGUAUUGAACUACAUCACCUCAUCGAUCUAUAAUGCCAAACUGCGAUUAUUUCAUAAAUAUGAAAUCUAUCCGGUUUUAUGUUAGAUAUUAUUGUUUCACAUUAACGUGUAAGUUUUGACAAUAAAAUGUUAGUUGUUCAUCAUUGAGAAGAUCAUGUUUGUCAUGUUCGACGUAGCGAGAAUAAAUUAUGCGGAAUUGCUCAAUUUUAA